AAGCAGAUUUUCAGUUCUAUAGCUGUUUCUGGGGGGUGCUGGUCAAGGUCUCUCUCCUUUGGUCUUGCCUUCACCGUUUCAGGACAUACACCUGUCCUGGAUUGCCCAUGUCUAUUCAACGAGUCGUUGCUCGGUCGUUAGUUAGCCUAUACGAAUGGGUCGAAUUGCCUGCAUUAGGCCGACACUGUUAGUGACGAAUGUCGGCGAUUCAGAUUAGACUGCAGCGAGUCAGCGAUUAGUUCCGCUGACGACUAAAUGUGCUGGGGCCCGUUAUCUCGAAUGUGAUCGCAUACUUUUAGCCAAAAAGCGCGAUCCGUUCAUUCAGAUUAUCCAGAGCAAUCGGAUCUACAUUCCAGAAACCUUUUAUGCGGCCAUGGAUCCAGCAUCGGCGACGCGGUUUCAGGAUAACCUAGAGGACAAGUCUCGCGUGGAGAUCAAGCGCCUGUGUCGCCAACUCGGCGUCAGCAGCCGAGCAGCGACGACAUCUAUGCUGGUCGCUAGAAUCAGGACUCGCCUCCACGCCUCACCAGCAUCGGGUCCUCCAGGCAGCGGAAAACCUUCCCCUUCCGACAAUGGCGUCGUUUGCGAGAACGGUCGUCAGGACGAGCCCCGCAGCGAGAUUCGGAGCCAGAGAAAGGAUCCGAACCAAGCGCAGGAGAAAUCACGCGCUUCUCGACUCUUCGGAGGGCUGAUUCGCCGCAGCAGCCCCGCGAGACGACACGAGAACUCGCAGAAGCCACAGGAACAGCCGCAGCAGCAGCAGCAACAGCGACAUCAGGAGUUGCAAAAUGAGCACACGAGGGAUGGAGGCGGAGCAGCGGCGGCAGGACCGCCUCUGCAUGUCAGCGGCAGGAGGACGACCACCCACCCCGCACAACCAGCCGUACCGUAUGUUCGUACGAUGGAUCCGUCCGUUAAAGAGGCAGUCGCGCGUGCUUAUAGCGAGGUUGCUGGUACGUACGCCAGCUCGAUGCAUUUUGGGGGCAGUGGGGGAAGCGAGGGGUCAGAGGAGGUGGCUCAGGAGGUGAAGGGACACGUGGCGGAGAAGCGUGACGAACACGUGGUAGAGCAACGCAAGGGACGUGCGACAAAGGAAGGCGCAGGACACGUGGCAGCAGCUGACUUGACCGCGAGUGAGAGGGGCGCGCUGGGCGUGAGUGGGAGGAGCCGGGCGGUGAGGAAGCAGAGGGAGCGCGUGGGCCCGGAGGUGGAGGAGUCGAAGCGGCGGAUUCUGGCGGCGUUCCUCCGAGACAUGGACGGCGCCGAGAAACCCGCCGCGCACGCCGCCAGCCUCGUGCAGCUGAGCCGAUCCGGAGAGAUGAGGCAGCAGGAGGAAAUGGGGUGGCCAGGCGAGGUGAAGAGUGGCGGCGUUUCAGCAGAAGGGAAGGAGACGCGGGACGUCGAAGCCGGUGAUGGGAUGGGGCAGGGAGAGAGUGCAGUGGUGGGUGGUGAUGAGCAUGACAGGGGCGACAGUGUCGGUGAGCGCUGUAGCGGGGACGAGGACGAUGAGGAGGAGGUGGAAGAGCACGAGGGUGACGACGAGGAAUGUGACAGUCAGAGUGAGAAGUAUGGCGAUGAUGCGGACGAGGCGGACAAGAGCGACGCACCUGUGGAUCUAGAGUCGCUCAUGGCUAUGAGCGCUCACUCGCAGCUCGUGGGCAUGGGCGCUGGACGACCUGCGGAUAUGAGUCGCGAGUGCGGCGAAUCUGCGACUGAAGCCGAUGCUGCCGCGACCGAGGCUACCACUGCGGCCAUCCGUGCAGAAUCACAUGCCGCGAAGGCGAAUAGUGCCAAGGCAGAAGGGCCUCUGAUAGGCACCAACGCUCCGCACGCUGCUCCCCCUACCGUUGCGUCGUCCUCCAGUAGCGACUCUCUCGGCCCCACCACGCCCGCCGACUCCAUCACCAUGAUCGACUCGAGCACGUCCGGGGACGACACCAGCGACUCCCGCACCGGCGACUCCCCCACCAGCAAUUCCGCUACUAGCGUCAUCCCCGUUACAGGCAGCAACCCCCACGACCCCUCGGGGUUGGUGGACAGCGAUUCUGCCGCUGCGGACGGCAGGGUGGUGCGGGGGAGAGUGGAUGAGGAGGAUGAAGGGAGAGUGGGGGAAGCGGAGGGCGGGCGGGAAUGCUUAAGGGAAGAGAAGAUGGAUUGUGGGAAGCUGGAUUUGAAUGUGAGUGGUGCUGACGUGGCGGAUCCUGGGAUUGCUGCCAGUAACGAGGAGGCUGGCAGCGGGAGACGGAGCAGGAGGCGGUGGACGGAUUCCGCUCCCUCGGGGGUUAAUGGGCCUUCCGCAUGGGCCAGGGGAGGGGGAGAGGAAUGGCUGGUGUUGGCGGAGGACAAUGAGGAAGAGGAGGAAUGGGGAGGCGAUGGGGAUGAGGAGGGCAAUGGGGAAGAGACAUUCGGCAAGGAAGCAGAUGAGAUCGAUGAGAGGUUGGAGUUGGAGGAGGAGUUGGAAGGGGAGUUGGAACGGCUUCCAUCCCUUCUUUUCCCCACCUCCGUGAGUGUCCCCUCCACGCAUUCGCCCUCAUUCCCCUCACUCCCGUCGUCCUCGCCCUGCCCUCCACACCACGCGCUCCACCAAGACGCGUCCCAACCGACACAGCAGCACGUCGCGCUGCUGGACUCUUCCCAGCCUGCCGCCCACCUGCAGCCACUGAACGCUGCCGCCCCAUUCAGCCAGCCGAGGGACGAGCAGCAGCAGCAGCAGCAGCAGCAGCAGCAGCAGCAGGGGGGAAUGGCAGUGAUGGCGGGGUGGCCGCAGCAGCACGAGUAUCUCCCUCUGCAGCCGCCCAUGCAGCUGCCCGCCGUGCCCGCCCUGCCCAACAGCCUCUCCUCCAUCAAGCGCCGCCUUUCCCCUCGCGUUCGGAAGCCCACUCGCUUCCUCACUGCCUCCCGCCCCCUCAUUUCUCCGCCCUCCGUCAAUGCUGCUGCUGCGGCUGCGGUUGCUGCCGCUGGCGCUGGUUCUGGGAGUGCUCCCGCUGCCUGUGGCCUUUCUGCUGGUGCUUCUAAGGAUAAUCCCCCUCCUCCAUCUGUAGCUGCUGAUUCUGCUGCUGCUGCUGCUGCUCCUGCUGCUGCCGGUGCAGGGAGUGGUGGUGGCGGGGCGGGUGUGUCGGAUGGCAACACGGCCGGCAAGGAUAAGGUCCGGAAUGCUGACCCUGACGUGACACUAGGAGCCCAGCUAGAGCACAGCCCAGCUGACAGUGCGGCUGCAGCUGCCAGUGCUCAAAACAGCCCUCUGCAAGCGCCUUGGCAAUCUCCCUCCCGUGCAGCUGCAUCGGUGCCUGCGCCACCAGCAUCCACAUCCAUAUCCGAACCCCAUCUUUCCUCCUCCUCUCCGUCUGUUACCGCCACCUCUCAUUCAGCAUCCGUCAGCCACUCAGUCUCGUGCGCGAGCCACACGACAGGGCCUGCCAGCCAUGUGAUCGACCUCGAGGAAUGCUGCCUGUCAGCUGAAUCUAGGCCGUCUGAGCAAUCUAGGCCGUCUGAGCAAUCUAGGCCGUCAGCUGAAUCGAGCCCAUCAGCCAGCUUUCGGUCGUCAGCUGAACCUAGGCCAUCAGCUAUAUCCAGCCCGUCAGCCGAAUCUAAGUUGUCCGCCAAAUCUAGGCGGUCAGCAGAAUCUAGGCCGUCGGAGGAGGUACUGGCACCAAGGGAGAGGGCGAUAAGCGGUGGAGGCAGCAAUCAGUCGGCUGCUUCUGAUAGGGGCGAAGGCAAACGAGACUAUACCGAGAACUGCAGUCGUGCAGUGGCUGCCGCGAUGGCCAGUAGCAGUGAUAAUGCGGCGGAGGGAGAGGAGAGCGCAGGCGAUGGAGGCAGAGAGAGGAAUGGGGCAGCAGAGGGUGAGGGUGCUGGUAGUGACGCCGCUUGCCCGCUCGGCACUGCCAGUAGACAGUGGGUGAGAGGGCCCGCGAGUGGUGGCAGUGGAGGGGAGCGAGGGAGUGUGGAUGUCCGGAGUGAGGGAGGGAGAGGAGGUGUAGGUGAGAGGGGGGGGAGAGAGGGUGAGGGCAGUGAGGGGGAGUUGAGCACUGGCUCUGGGAUGGCGGGGGAGGACAGGGAGGAAAAAUCGUUUGACUGGUCGUGGCUUGACGCAGAGAUUGACAGCAAUAAGAGGCGGGAGAACCAAGAGGAUAUGGCGGAGGAUGCGGAUGAGGCGGAGGAUGCGGAUGAGGCGGAGCGUGUGUUCAUAGAAAUGGUGGGAGGGGAGAGAGAGAGAGAUGGAGAAGAAGGGCGGGAGGAGAAGCGAGCGGAUACGGUGGAGAGCGGUGAGCAAGCAGGGGUGGCUAUGGGGGAGGGGCAGCUGAGAGAAGGCAGAGCGGCAAGCGGUGAAACGGAGGGUCGGAGAGUGGAGGAGGAAGGGGAGGACGAGAGUGGAAGCGCUGAGAGUGGCCAGCGUAAGUAUGGCGAUACGAGCCUUGCUGUGCCGAGCACUGCCUCCUCUUCUCCUUCACUUUCUCUAUAUCCCCACAGCCUCCACUCUGCGCCAGCGGCCAUCUCCUCCUUCUGCACUUCCCUCCUCUCCCCCCCGCGCCCUGCUUUCUCCGGCCUCCCUUAUGCUGGCUGGGGAGGCAGAGAGGGCAGUGCAAGGGAAGGCGGCACGGAGGGAAAACUCAUAGCAGCAGCAGCAGCAGCAGAUGAGGCUACCUCUGACGCGCGCUGCUCAACGCCUGCUGCUGUCGCAGUGCCUGCUGUAGCACCAGGUGCCCUUGUGAAUGUUUCCCUGCAGUGCUGGGAGGCCGUGCAAGUGGGCGACGCACAGGGUCUGUCCGCGUCUGCAGGCUCCGGAAAGGAGCAGGAAAGGCAGGAGGAGGUUGGGCAAGAGGCUUGCGGUAAGGAGACUGGCGGAGAGGCUGGCGGUUACCAGGUUGAAGGCGCGGCGGGGAAUUUGGGGCUAGGAGGGGAUGACGAGGAGCAACGAGGUGAGGAGGAGGAGAGAAAGGAUGAGGAAACAGCCAAUAGCGACAAUGCACGUGGCGUGGAGAAUGCAGUAGAUGCGGAGGAGAAGGGAGGGGCACACAAGAGAGAGGACGAGGAGGGUGCGGCAGAGGAAAUGGGAAGCAGUGGCACAGGCGAGGAUGAGCCUGCGAGCUCGGACGAGGUGCUUGAGGAGUGCGUGGGCGUGGAGUGUGGAGGCGUGCAGGAGGCAUGCUCUCACGAGGCAGUGAGCUUGAAUGGCGCCAGUGCGGCACUGGCACUGCACGGCUCACCGGGGACACGCGAGAGGGGCGGAGAGGCAGUAGUGGAGGCAGCAGGCCACGUAUGGCAUGCUCUGGGGGUUGACCCGGCGUGGCAGGGGCAUGAGGAGGGGCGCAUGCCCCCUGCUGAUGUUGCGGCCGAUAUUGGUGCUGGUAUUGCUGGUUAUGGUGGUGACGCUGACUGGAGCAAGAGCAAGAACCUACAGGGACAGGUCAUUGGGGAUAUCAGCACCUGGGAUGCUGCCUGUGGGGCUGUUGCCUUCAGUUGCAGCCACCCUAGCAGCAGCAGCAGGUUGAUCCCUGUGGCAUCAAGGCGGCAUGUCAUCCGACCGUUCACUACCAGCCCCUCUCUCAGCCUGCUUGACAACCCCCUCCUCACUGCUCCUGCUAUCUCCACCUCCGCAGCCACUGCUGCUGCUGCUGCUGCUGUUGCGGCUGUCACUGCCGAAACUGCUAGUGCUGCCACUGCCCCUCACGGUGAUGCAGCCAUUGGCGCUACAGCCACUGCUGCUACAGCCACUGCCGCUGCCACUACCACUGCCACUGUGACAGCAACAACAGCCGCAGCAGCUGGAGAAGGCAGCCCCUUCCGCCACCCUGCUCGCCGCCUUGUUCCCUCUGCCUCCUCCCCCGCCCUCCUCCUCACCUCCCUCGUACCAAACCGCCCAGUCUCUCCCUCCUUUCCCGUCCGCCCUCCCUCCCCUGACCCCACUCGCCCCUCCUCCCCCCCUCCUCCCUCCCCUCCUCCCACCCCUCCUCGCCCACUGCUCGCUCCGCCCAUGCCAGUCGCCCCUCGCGCCCUCCGCCGCACCCUGGAGCGCGCCCAGGCAGCAGAGAUGGCGGCAGAGGCGCUGGCAGCGAUGGACGCGGGGAUGGGCGCACAGACGGGGGCAGGGAUGGGAGGUGAGGUGCGUCUCGAUGUGGAGAGGCAGCAGCAGCAGCAGCAGCAGCAGGAGGAGAAGCAGGAGGAGAAGCAGGAGGAGAAGCAGGAGGAGAAGCAGGAGGAAGAGGAGGAGGAGGCGACCUGUGCAGUGAGUGGGUGCAGCGGUGAUGGUGACCCGAGCUCAGACGCUUUUGCUGAACAUGAGUGCGACGGCGUGUCUGCCUGUGGUGGCGUGUCUGCUUGCGAUGGCGUGCUCGCCCGUACGCAAGAAGCCAGCAAGGGCAGCAAUGCUGCUUCUGCUUGUGCUAGCGCUGGUGCUGGCCCUGCUAUCGCUGCUAGCGAUAUUGUUGCUGAUCCCGCCGUUGCCACCCGAACAGCACCUGCUACAGUCACAGCAGAAGAAUCUGCAAUUGCAGUGGGUGCAGGAAUCACAGGUGCUGCUGCUGAGUCUGUGGGUGCCCAAAAAACUGCAGUGGGUAAUCCUGCAGGUGGUGUGGGCAUGGCAGCGCACCAGUGGCAGGUGAGCAGUGCAAUGGGCACAGCCAUGGGCGGCAGGUCCAGUCACAUGGAUUGCAGGGGCAGCCAUACUGUUACGAGGGCCUCCCAUAGGGAUGCACAGGCGCAGGUUCGGAUGUCCUCUGUCCUGCAGCGCACUCAUCCCACUCCCACAGGGGCGCCCACAGGAGCGCCCCACGUGCAGUCUGUGCAGCCCCAUGCAGGUGCACGAGGGGCCCAGAACCCCUCGGUCUCUGGAGCUAGAGAGAGCAGCAACCCCUUUGCAGUGCCUGUCCCUGCCAUGCCUCGUCUGCCCUUCAAGCUCUCCGCCAGAAAGCCUACUGCUGCCGCACCCACAGUACCGCUGGCUGGCACUCCUCCUCCAACGGCCGCCCCUGCUGCCCCUGCUGUUGCUCCCAUGAUGCAAGAGCAGCCCCAAGGUGGUGCUUCUGCUGCUCCUGGACCGCCUGGAGCCUCUGGUGCACCACGAGUGGCAGGAGUUGCCGCAGGAGGCCUGGCAGGGAUGGCAGGUGGGGGGCUACAGAAAGAGGCAGCAGUGGAGGUGGAGGAGAGUUGCGGAUCGUGCAGCAUGGCUGUGAGCAACAGCGUGCGCAACAGCACCGGCAUGAGGCCCACCAACAAUGCGAGGAAUUCUGGCAGCGCCGCACAGAGGAGCGCAGUCGCAGGGCAGAGAAUGGCAUUGAAGAGGCACGAAGGUAAGGGCGCGCCAGUGGGUAGGCAAUCAGCGGCUGCAUCUGCAGCUAAAGGCGGUGCUUCUCCUUCUGCCGCUGCCUCAGCAGCAGCAGCUGCUGGAGGCCUGAAGCGAGCCUCUGCUGUGGGGGCCAAAGGUUCUGGCGUGCCAGCAGCAGCAGGGGCAGCAGCAAGGGCAGCGCCAGGGGCAGCGGUGACGGGACGGUCGAAUGGAGCAGAGUCCGGUGUAGGCGGGUCAGAGGCAGGGGAGGAGUGGAGCAGCUCUGGCAGCAGCAGAGGGAAGGAAGGCGGGGGAGGAAGAGGAGCGGGGCUGCGUCAACAGGCGUCAGUGCCAGCGUCUCACCAGUCGCAGCAGUCUCAGCAGUCCCCCAUGGUGCAGCAGCAGCACUUCCUGCAGGAGAUUGCGUUCGGCCCUGAGUGGGCCGCAAAGGCAAGGGCGAGGGAUGAGGAGAUGCAGCAGAGGAAUGCAGCGGACAGGAGGGGGCAGCUGGAGGGGGCGGUGGGGGGUGGUGUGCGAGGGGUGCAUCAGCCAUUCAGCAGGCCGCUGUUUGGGGAGAGGAACUCGAGUCCGGUGAAGAACAUGAUGCCGCUUGCUCAAGGUCAUAUCACGACACAGGCGCACAUGCUGACUCAGACCCAGCAGCAGCAGCAGCAGCAGCAGCAGCAGCAGCAGCAGCAGCAGCAGCAGCAGGUGCAGGCAGGGCAUGGAAUGGUUCCAGCAGAGACAGUGCGGCCAUUUGAGCGGAAGCUGUUUCAGCAGGCGACCAUGGCAGGGCAGGUCAGCCCCACGGCACCACACUGCGUCCCUGCUGCUGCUCCUGCUGCUGCCUCCUCAGCUUCUGCUACUGGGAGCACACGCAUUGCUCCUGCUGCUACCUCUAAAUACUCUACUAUGAAUGCUGCAGCAGCCUACAUGCAACAGCAAGCUUCCGAUCCCUUCCUACACAAUCCGCUCCCCUCACUCACCCACAGCAGCGCUGCCACUAGCACCUCCACCCCUCCUCUCUCCCCUCGCACACCUCGCUCUCUCGUCACUCCAGCCACUGCAACCAACCCUUAUCUCCCCCCUCCCAGAUCAAACCCCACCUCUCCCCGCCUCCCUGUCAUGGGUACCGCAUCUCUCUCUCCUCCCCCCUCGCCCCGCUCCUACCACGUGCUACAGUUCGCCAUGGGGGGCACGCCCAAUGCCAGCCCCACCCACCCCCUGGCAGCCUGCUACAACACUCCGCUCAGCCCCACAGUCGGCCCCUCUUCCCUUGCUCCACGCAGUCCGGCGCAUCCCUCUGCAGCAGCUCCUGUUCCCCCCCUUGGCCCCACACGCACCACCGCACCCUCUCAUGCUCCUGUGAGUCCGAGGCAUGCUGCCGUGACCAUUUCUCCACUCAACUCGCCUCACAAGCCACAGCCAGUCAUGAUGCAUGCAGGUUUGCAUCCUUCCGGUGUGCAUGGCGGCAUGAACCAUGCAGGCAUGCAUGGUGGCAUGAACGCUGGCAGCAUGUGUGGUAGCAUGCAUCAGGCUGGGACUGGCAAUCUCCAGCAGCCUGGCCUCCAUGCACAGUAUUACGUGCAGCCACUGCCACUUCACCAGCAGCAGCAGCAGCAGCAGCAGCAGCAGCAGAGCCCAUAUCGCAAUCGCCCAUGGCUGCAGCAGGAGAAUCGCCAGCCGUUCAUCGCCGGGCCCAACCCCAGUCCACCACGAGCAGCCUCCCCCCACGCCACCACUGCAGCCACGCCCUUCGUCUCAGGCCCCAACCGCAGCCCUGCAAGCCCCAGCCCAGCCAACUGCAUGCCUGCCAACCGCAGCACUUCAUGCACCCCUGCUGCACACCCUGCUCCAGGGACAGCGGCACCACCCGUCCCUGCUGCUGCAGGCCAUAUUGGUAGCCCAAACCGCUGCAUCUCUCCCGUGCCCUUCAGCCCCUCGCCCUUCAGCCCCACUGGCAGCCCAGUGCGGGCUAUCCACGCUGGAGCUGCGUCCCCCACCGCUGCCAGCCCUGCCAGCACCGGCACCCCUGACAAGGCCACCACGCCGUCGCGCUAUGGCUCCCCGCUGCCCGCCCGAGGCCCGGUUGGUAGCAUGUUUGUUGCAGGCCCCAGGAAAGGCAGUGCGGCGGCCAUGGUUGCUCGGAGGAAGCUUGAGGCCAAAGCCGCUGCUGCGGCGGCGGCUGCUGCUGCUGCUGGUGACGGUGCCGGUGCACAUGGGGGUGAUGUGGUGGCAGGAGGGUCAGGAGCAGGGGGGGCAGCAGUGACAGGAGGAGUGGGAGUAGUGGCUGGGCAACGGACUGGAGGGCCAGCAGGGAGGGUGGGCGGUGGUACGGCGUUGGCAGCAGAGGCACAGGUUGGAGGAGUGCUGACAUCAUCAUCAGUCAUGAAUACACGACAGGGAGUCAUGGGGGGAUCCACUGCACCUGCAGGUGUGCCUGCUCCUACACUGCAGUGAAGGCACCACAUGCCCUCGGCGUGGCACAACAGCUGCAUUCCAGCCAUGCACCUCCAUCAGGUGGACCUGUAAUUCCUCCUGUUAGUAGCUCCGCACGUAAAUGGUUUGUAGGCAGCAGGUGAUGGAAGAGUCAUCAAGUUGACAAGAGAGCGAGGAGUGAGCAUGUGUGGUGAUCUGUCACAGAAUGGACCUCAAGGCGUGAAAAGGGGGUCUCCAAACUUGUAGGCAGCGGUCACAUUAAGGGAGAUCGCGAUUCUUAUGAAACUAUGAGCUCAUUAAAGUUGUUGAGAACUAUUCUUAUGUUACAUCGUA